AUGUGGUGGUGGUUGACGGUACAAGCAAGUGUAAAACGCAUGUUGAGUCAAUUGGAUGCCAUUCGCCUUUACUUCGUUCUCCUCAAGAGUGAAGACAUGAGCAAAGAAAACGAACCUGUAGACAAUGUGAUUAUCACUUUGCGUGAUCCUCUAACUCUUGCCUACCUGGAAUUUUCUCUUGACUAUGCCCUGGGGCUUAUGAAUGAUUUCAACACUACAUUUCAAGCAGAAGGCCCCCUAAUUCAUAUUCACAAACAAAAAUAUGAGAAACUGCUUGCGACUUUAGCUAUCAAUUUCAUGGAACCCAGUCAUGUUCGGGAAUGUGAUUCAACUACAAUCGAUCCUCAUGAUGAUUCAAAUUAUAUAUCCUUACGUGAUGUAUACCCUGGUCCAGCAGCGUAUGAAACCAUUCAAAAUCUCGGGAAGUCAAAAGAAAUGAGCGUCAAACUGGAAUACCCUUCUCCUCUAUUCAACUCAGGUUUGCAAGACGUCGAUGAUGAUUUAAAUUUUGAGACAAUCAGCUAUGUUGAGAGAGAAACGCCGCUUGUGCGACCGCAAGAACCUGCCAGUGCCAUCGCUGUCUCUCAAUCGGAAUUGGGCGUAUCUCAAGAUAUGAGAAUCAACUCAUUUUACAUUCAUUGUAGGGAUUUCUAUAUUACUGCGAUCUCUGAUAUGAAAUCUCGUUUCGAUUUUACGGAUCCAGUUUAUGAGGUUGUUACUAUGCUACAUCCGGAAAAUGCGCGAAAUCUGAAACCUCGAACACUGAGUGCAUUAUUUGAAAGAUUUGCGGUUUAA